GUCGGAACACAGUGGUCCUGGGGUACUGGCCUAUGGGUUUUCCAGAGCAGGUAAGGAAUGAGAGGAAACCAGUUUCUUUUGUCAUCACCUGAGAUUUCAUAGGGAGGAGGAGCAGUGCACUAUUAGCAAUCAACUCUUAUGUUGCUUUCACUAUGACUUCAAGUGGACACAAAUCCUUUUGAAUAACUAGCUAUUUGAUUGCAAGACAUGAAGAAUGAUUGAAGAAGAGUUAGCUACAUAGAGGAUACUUAAGAAAAAAACAACUCUAAGCAUAAAAGAAUGUUGAACAUGGACCUCCAACAAUGCUAAAUCUACAAUGGGAAGUGUCACACUUCGCUAUUUCUGCUAUGGGUGCCUUUUUACAUCGGUGACCUGGACAGUUUUACUCUUUAUUUAUUUCAACUUUAGUGAAGUGACUCAGCCAUUUAAGAAUGUGCCCAUCAAGGGGUCUAAGCCCCACGGACCAUUCCCCAAGAAAUUCUAUCCUCGUUUUACUCGUGGCCCAAGUCGAUUGUUAGAGCCACAAUCAAAAGUUAACAAGGCUGGAUCUAUUUUAGAAAAUCAUGUUGAAGAUUCGGAUGGAGAUGACAUGGAGCUCUCUCCUGAAAUGGGUAUGAUUUUUAAUGAAAGAGAUCAGGAAGUGAGAGACUUGGGCUAUCAGAAGCAUGCCUUUAAUUUACUUAUUAGUAAUCGCUUGGGCUACCAUAGAGAUGUGCCAGAUACAAGAAAUGCAGAAUGUAAAGAAAAGUCAUAUCCAACAGGCCUUCCAGCUGCCAGUAUUGUGAUUUGUUUCUACAACGAAGCCUUUUCUGCCUUGCUUCGAACAGUACAUAGUGUCAUAGAUCGAACACCAGCCCAUCUCCUUCAUGAAAUUAUCUUGGUAGAUGACAAUAGUGAAUUUGAUGAUUUGAAAGGAGAACUAGAUGAUUAUGUCCAAAAAUAUCUUCCUGGAAAAAUUCAAGUGGUUAGGAAUGAAAAACGAGAGGGAUUGAUUCGAGGAAGAAUGAUUGGAGCAGCUCAUGCUACAGGAGAAGUUCUUGUGUUCCUAGACAGUCACUGUGAGGUGAACAAGAUGUGGCUACAACCUUUGCUGGUUCCAAUUCAUGAAGACCAUAGGACGGUGGUAUGCCCUGUGAUUGAUAUUAUCAGUGCUGAUACACUUAUGUACAGCUCCUCUCCUAUCGUACGUGGAGGAUUCAACUGGGGUCUACACUUUAAAUGGGAUCUUGUUCCCUUUUCUGAAUUAGGAGGACCAGAAGGAGCUAUUGCACCGAUCAAGUCACCUACAAUGGCGGGCGGCUUAUUUGCUAUGAACAGACACUAUUUCAAUGAACUUGGACAAUAUGACAGUGGCAUGGAUAUCUGGGGAGGUGAAAAUUUAGAAAUAUCAUUUAGGAUCUGGAUGUGUGGAGGCAAGCUCUUUAUCAUCCCUUGCUCUAGAGUAGGACACAUUUUCCGGAAAAGGCGUCCGUAUGGGUCUCCUGAAGGACAGGACACCAUGACACACAACUCUUUAAGAUUGGCACAUGUUUGGUUGGAUGAGUAUAAGGAACAAUAUUUUUCUUUGAGACCUGAAUUGAAGUUGAAAAGCUAUGGAAACAUCAGCGAACGUGUUGAAUUGAGGAAAAAACUGGGUUGUAAAUCAUUUAAAUGGUAUUUGGAUAAUAUCUACCCAGAGAUGCAACUGUCUGGCCCCAAUGCCAAACCACAACAACCUGUUUUUAUUAACAGGGGACCCAAACGACCUAAAAUUCUGCAACGUGGACGGCUCUAUCACCUCCAAACCAAUAAAUGUUUGGCUGCUCAGGGUCACCCAAGUCAGAAAGGAGGACUUGUAGUUCUUAAGGUCUGUGAUUACAGUGAUCCAAAUCAGGUCUGGAUUUAUAAUGAAGAACAUGAAUUGAUUUUAAAUAAUCUCCUUUGCUUGGAUAUGUCAGAAACUCGUUCAUCAGAUCCACCAAGACUCAUGAAGUGCCAUGGAUCAGGAGGAUCCCAACAGUGGAUACUUGGGAAAAACAGUCGACUUUACCAGGUAUCAGUUGGGCAGUGUCUGAAGGUGGUUGAUCCACUGAGUCGAAAAGGCUAUGUUACUAUGGCAAUCUGUGAUGGCUCCUCCCCACAGCAGUGGUAUUUGGAGACCUAAGAUCUUUGAAGACUCUGAAGUUCGAGGAAGUCAUGAUGUUCCUCACUCCUGGACUAAAGUGAUGCUUUGGAGAGUUGACUGGGGAGACAAAUCAAAUUCCUUAGCUGUUAUCCCUGAUUGGCAGUGUCUGCCUCUAGCAGUUCCUCUAGAACUCGAGUCUUUCCUCCUUUUACUUUGAAGAUUUCUGGGGAGAGACUGUAUCAAAGCCCCAGAGUAUCCCCUAAAAUGCCUAGAGCAGAUGAAGUGCAAUCCAGCAAGAGACAUUAAAUGGAAAUUCCCCAUUCACAAAGAGAAA